CAAGUGUCCGACAGCAGGAGUUCCAACUACAAACAAAAGCUUCCUUGGCUAUGAAGAUUGAUAUUCACCCGCUAACGAACGAUCCAACGUCCGCAUGGAAGGAAAUUUCGAAAUCACAGCGUGUGAUAAAGAUCAACACAAAGCCGCCAACGGCAGACGUGCCAGCGAACAAGGUGCGCGUCGUCUGCAUGUCCGAUACCCAUUCGCUGACGCAUCACAUCAAGUUCGACAUUCCCGAAGGCGAUAUUUUUAUUCACGCAGGAGACUUUACCCGGUGUGGCAAACUGGAUGAGGUGAUCGACUUUAACGAAUGGCUAAAAAAACUACCGCACAAGCACAAGCUGGUGAUUGCCGGCAAUCAUGAGCUUAGUUUCGACCAUACCUUCACCCAUCCGUUCCAAAAUGCAAGUGCCUGUUGCAAGAAAACAGGUUCCACGCUGCUAGACGAAAUACCCACGCUAGGCAACUCGAAGGAAAGCUUGGCGGAAGCCGUCAAAACGGAAAACAUUCGACAAUAUUUGAGCAACUGUACCUACAUGCAGGAUGAGUGCAUCGAACUGUACGGUUUAAAGAUUUACGGCACACCCUGGCAACCCGAGUUCUGCAAGUGGGCGUUCAACGUCAAGCGCGGUCAGGCAUGUCUUGAAAAAUGGGAACAGAUACCGGAGAGCGUGGACAUACUGGUGACACACACACCGCCCGUUGGACACGGUGAUCUUUGCUGUUCGGGAGUGCGGGCAGGAUGUGUGGAAUUGCUAGCCACGGUGCAGCAGCGGGUCAAGCCAAAGUAUCACGUUUUCGGCCAUGUUCACGAAGGCUACGGUAUCACUUCCGAUGGGAGGAUAAUCUUCGUCAACGCUUCAACGUGCGACAUAAACUACCUGCCCAACAAUCAACCCAUCGUUUUCGAUGUGACUCUGCCGAAAGGUCGAACCAAAGACGACUAAGCACGAUCGACGAAAAUUUACCGUGUUAAAAGCGGCUAACCGUGCCAUACCAUGACAUGCACUGA